AUGACGUCGAUACACUUUGUUGUACAUCCCUUACCUGGAACAGAUGAUCAGUUAAACGAUAGAUUGAAGGAAGUGGCAGAAAAAAUUAACAGAUAUGGAUUUGUAACAUUACCAGCAUUUAGUGGAUUGAAGGUUGCAGUAAAACAUAUUGUGGUUGGCCCAACACACAUUGCUCUUCUCACAGAAGACCAUAAAAUUUGUAGAGUUGCAUUUACAGUAUUAUCAGAUAGAUUGGAUUUAAGCAAAAAUGAACCAAAUCGAAACACAAACAAAAACCAUGUUGAUAACUCCAAUUCAGCACCAAAUGGUGGUACUAGUAGUGGAAGUGGAAGUAGAGCAGGAAUGUCCAGGUCACGUGCACGAAUCAUGCGUGGCAGUUCUGCCAUUCGUGGAGGUGGUAGUAAUGGAGGAAGUAGCAGUGGAGGCAGGAUAGGUCCUCCAGGUGUAAUUAUGGGUGGAGGAAGUGGUAGCAGUUCGCGUCCUAUUGCAUCUGUACCAGCUCCAUUUGUACCAGAAGAUCUUAUUACACAGGCUCAAGUGGUAUUACAGGGAAAAAGUCGCAAUCUUAUUAUUAGAGAAUUACAGCGUACAAAUUUAGAUGUAAACUUAGCAGUAAAUAAUUUACUGUCACGGGAUGAUGAGGAAGGUGAUGAUGCUGAAGAUGCAGCAGAUACCUACGUUCCGGAAGAUCUCAUUUCAUUACUAGAUGGUGGAUUCAGCAAUGAGCAUUCUGUUAUCAUUGAUGCAGAUUCUAUGUUUCCUGAAGACAUGUUUGGAUAUACAGGAAUGAGAAACCGGGGUAGUUCUUCACGCAGAAUAGGUAAUGACAGAGAAGGUGAACGUACUUCUGAGCGGGAUAGAGAUCGAGACAAUUUCAGUAAAUGGAGGGAUCGCCAAUAUUGUGGUCCAAGACGUUGGCUGGAAUCUGCACUUAAAGAUUCUUGGGAUAAAGAUUCUGAUAAUAAAAAAAAGGAGUUAGCUGCUCAAAGUCCAUUAUGGAUAUCAGAAGAAUUAGAGUGGUGGCAUGAACGUAGUAGUGAUCUUGCCCCUCGUUUUGUACAAAUCGCCUCGCUGUAUAGUGAAUUAAUUGCUGUUUCUGCUGGGGGACAAUUGUAUCAGUGGAAAUGGUCGGAAUCUGAACCAUACAAACAUGCAGAGAAUCCAAAUAUACAUCAUCCGAAAGCUCCAUGGUUGGCAGUAACCACAGAAAAGAUAGUUAAUAUAUCCGCAACAGCUAUUCGAUGUUCUAUUAGUACUGAAUCUGGCAAAGUAGCUACUUGGCUUGAUGAACUUGUAGGUCAUGUCGCUUCUCGUCUCGAACAUCCAGCUCAAACUUUUACAGAAUUCACAUUGGACAAAAUAGUAUCCCUUCAUACCUGUGCUUUAUAUACGGUUGCUAAACUUGAAAGUGGUGCAUUGUAUUGGUGGGGUGUAUUACCUUUUGCACAACGCAAAAAAUUAUGGGAAAAAUAUAAGGCUAAAUCGCGCAAACAUAGAUCAUCCACAGUUUCAUCAAACGAUAUUAGUUAUGGCGCACAUGUUUGUAUGAAAAAUAGUCCCAUAUAUCAUCCUGGAGCAAUAGGUUUUACCAUUGCCAAUGGAGUUCCAAAAGUAGGACAGUUAUUAGGAGCAGCAUGGAAUUUAGAUAGCACUUACAGAUUUAAGAUAUUACCAGCUGGAACUCAUUUGCCAAAUGUUAAUACAGAAAAACGAGAAACGAAUGGAAACAAUGGAACGGGUAAUAUUAAUAAGACAAAUCACAAAGAAACUACUGAUCGCCUUGAUAUGCCUCCUCCACCCUCACCAGCUUCGAGCACAUGUAGUGAUACUGGCAGUAUCACGACAAGUCAUAAGAGACAGAAGCGAGCUGCACCUCGAAGUGAGGGAGAGUCAGAGCGAAAAGAUGAAGAAGAAUGGCAAUUAAAGGAUGUUGUUUUUGUAGAAGAUGUAAAAACAGUUCCCAUUGGUAAAGUUAUAAAAGUUGACGGUUGUUAUGUCGCUGUAAAAUUCUUCUCGAAAGAUGCAAAGGAAAAGGAAAUUAAAGAAAAAGAUUUCAGUACUUCAGAUUUUAAAGAUUUAACAACUGAAGAGUUAAUUAAAUUGCUAGCUGAUUGUAGAUUAUUAAGGAAAGAUGAAAUACAGGUAAUAAAAUCAUCCAUGAAUCCAAGAGCUCCAGACUGUUUCCAACGAACUCCCAGAAGAGUGAAUAUUGUUGAAGGAUCAAAUGAUAGCAUUUUGAGCAUUGCUACUGACGGACAAGGAAUCCAUGCAAUAGUAAAAAGUGCAAACAAAUUAAGUUACGUCGUGUAUAAUUUAAGUACUGGAAGAUAUGUACAAGAUUGUUAUAUUCCAUCGGAUGUAUCAUCAUUCUUGGGUCUGCAGCCUCAAAAUAUCAGCCUGACAAGUUCAGGAGAGAACAUAGAGUGUUCCAUGAUACUUAGAGAUGGAAAUAAUACUAUCUAUCCAUUAGCAAAGGAUUGCGCCGAUGCUAUCCGUGAUCCAAAUUGGUUGGAUUUAGUUCCAGUUCUGUGCAUUGGUGCUUCAACUAUUCCCAUACCGACUUGUUCAAAUUCAACCAAUAUGAAAAAUCAAGUUGCAGUUAUUGCAUUAGUAUUUGAUAAUCUCUUAUUAAUGCCACGAAUAUUAAGGUGCGAUUAUGAGAGUAUUAAGCAAGUAUUUUGCAAUUUGGAACAAGAUCACAAAAACAAUGCAGCACAGAUUCAAUCAAUAUUAAUGGAACGUUGCGAUGGUAAUCGCAAUAUUUUGCAUGCUUGCAUUAGUAUGUGCUCACCAACCUCGAAUAAAGAAAAUGAUCAAGGUAUUGAACGUGAGUUAGUUUCAAACACUGUUGAUGGUCCAUCUGCACCUAUUGAGGAACCAAUACCAACUUUAACUUGGCCACCAGAAGCUUUUGAUAAUACGUCAGGAGAAGAAGACAGUUUGCUUAGCAUUGGUACUGCUAGCAUAUCAAUGAUGAACAAAUCAGGUAAAAGUGUCGGAGCAACAUCAAAUAACACCUACAUCAUAGACUCUGUGGAAAGAAGAAAUAAUGCAUUACUUAUAUUAAAGUAUAUGUGUGAAAGUAGCGUGUUAGCACCUCACCUGAAAGAACUACUUACGGCAAAGGAUAUUCAAGGUCAGACACCAUUAAUGCUUGCUGUAUCAGUUCGGGCAUAUCACGCAGCUCUCAUUUUAUUAGACAUUAUUCAAAGGGUUGGAAGAGAUCAGAAAGAAUGUUCAGCUAUGAUACUUCCUGCGGAUGCUAAUCCAGAUUUAUCGCCAUUAUUCGUUACAUGUUGCAAUGAUACAUGCAGUUUCACAUGGACUGGGACUCAACACAUCGACCAAGAUAUUUUUGAAUGCAAAACUUGUGGCUUGAUUGGAUCUUUGUGUUGCUGUACAGAAUGUGCUCGCGUUUGUCACAGAGGACAUGAUUGCAGAAUAAAGAUAACAUCCCCUACAGCUUAUUGUGAUUGCUGGGAAAAGUGCAAAUGUCGAGCACUCAUUGCGGGUCAUCAAGGUGCUCGUUACGAACUCCUUUGUCGUCUCGUAGUGAAUACUGAUCUUGUCACGAAGAUAAACUCACGGGGAGAAAGUAUUUUACUCUUCUUGGUUCAGACUGUUGGAAGACAAUUGAUCGAACAACGGCAGUACCGUUCUGCACUGCGGCAACGCUCAGCAUCUGCAAGUCGAAAAGGGCCUUCCUCAGAUGGAUUAGAUACUUAUGUACCAGAUAUGCCAGAUCACGAUUUAGAACCUCCUCGCUUUAAUCGAAAAGCAUUGGAAAGAUUAUUGGAUGAUUGGCCAGCUGUUCAAUGUAUGAUUAUGUCAGGAGUUUCUGCACAUGGAAAUGAACAGUUAUUUGGAGAUCAAGGCCAAUUAUGUCGUCAAAGCGGUACUGCUCUACUCGAUAAAUUUACUCACUCGCUAUUAUUUAAGUGUAGUGCAGAGAUGCUCGAUACUCUUCUGACAACUCUAAUACGAGAAUUACAAAAUGAUACUAUAUCCGGACGACAAGAAGAAGCAAAUAAUGUUGCUCGUCGAUUUGUUCGAUCUGUGGCCCGAAUAUUUGUGAUCUUCACAAUAGAAAUGGCACCGAAUACGACAAAACGAAGAAAUACUAGCCAGGCAUUGCAACCUCUAAUGAAAUGUCGUAAAGUGUUCCAAGCAUUGAUUAAAUUAGCUGUUGAAGAAUUAUGUGAAACUGCUGAUUCACUGAUAGCACCCGUGAGAUUAGGUGUUGCUCGCCCAACAGCACCAUUUACAUUGACGAGCUCAGCAAUGGAAGUAAUCAAUGGCUCUGAAGAAUUGUUUUCUAUCGAGCCACUAAUACCUCAUAGUGGUGUUAGUUCCCAAACUCUGGAUGCUACUUUACAAACGCAACAAGGAAAUAAUAAUAUUACUAUUGCCAGGGAUGUUUCUGCUAUGGAUGAGGCAGAAACUGGUGAAGAAGUUCCUAUGGAUGUUGAUGGCGACAUUAGCGAACAUGAAGAAUCUGGGGUUUCUGGAACUGUCCCUGGUCAACCAUUAGGUGAGAUUGAUAGCAAUGGCGGAGGUGUAGGUGAGGAACAGGCAGGAGAUGGCGAAUCCGAUACAGAGCUCGAUCUUUUGGCGGAAGCGGAAACAGAGUCGGACUCCGAUGACAAUCAUAGCAAUCAAGAUGCAGCGUCUGCGCAGCGUAGUGUACAAACUGGUGCUACAGCAGGCUCUGAUGGUGGAAUGGGAUCUAUCUUAUUAUUCCCGGAAGAUGAAUCUGGAGAAUCAAGCCAGCAGGAAGAUGAUGAAAGUGAAGCAGGAGAAACUGACGAACAAGAUAACGAAGAUUUUCAAAUUGGUGAUGAUCAAUUGGAACGCCGAAGUGGUUCAUCUGGCCAUUUACAUCGUAAUAAUCUCGCGCCUGUUUCUAUGCAAUGGGCGAUACGUAAUCGCGACUCAAGUAUGCGUACAGCUGGAUUACGGGUAACAGGUGGCAGUAACCUGGUUUUUAUUGACUCUACAUCUUUAAGACGCACUACUGCAACAUCUGCUGUUGCAGCUGCACAAGAACCUAUAAUUAUGGGUACUAGUACUACUUGUUUGGCACGUGCAUUUGGAAUUGUUAUUCGACAGAUAGCUGAUCUUUUGGUUAUGAUGCAAGAUUAUAAAACAUUAGCGCCUUCUUUGCCGCGAUUAAUGGAAAUUACUUAUCAAGAUGCGCUCAAUCUGCAGAUGUAUCUCGAGGGGCACUUGAAACCCACGUGGGAUUGGCUGCUCACAGUUAUGGAUGCCACGGAGGCACAACUAAGAUUUGGUGUGUCUCUGACACGUAGUGCGGAUCCUACGCAUCCAGAACAUCCACUAAACAAUGCUUCAUCUUUGCCUGGAGGCAAUUUCUCUGGAUUGUUAAAUACAGCGGCUCUGUCGUUGACGCUACAAUCCAAUACAGGUCGGAAUCAACGCAGUGGUAUCGCUACGAGCUCCAAUAUCUCCACUCCACAAGCUUCUACAAGACUCACCGUUGGUUUUGCAGGCGUUGGCGAACCUUCAAGAAACAGUAGAGAACGCGAAGGUGGCGAUGUAUACUUGGCAAGACGUGAAUUUUUGUCUUAUUGCCUGUCCUUAAUGCGUGCUCACAAUGCCGAACACAGGGAUAGCUUGCCAGUAUUAGAUGUUUCUGCACUAAGACAUGUAGCAUACGUUUUCGAUGCGUUAGUAUAUUAUAUGCGUUCGCCACUAUCAGAACCAAUGUCAUCACGAGGAGAGACUCAAAAGGAAUCGUCAAAUUAUUCAAGUUGGAAUGAUCAGGAUGAAAAUGAUAAUGACGAGGGAGAAGAAUAUAGUUCUCCAGUUCCCACUGCGUUGGAGACAGAUUCCGUUGAUUAUCCUGAUUUACUUCAGGUUCCUAGUUGCGGAUCAGGAAAUAAUAGUAACAGUACACCAAAAGGAAGAAAGCAUCCCUUUUUACAAAGAUCAGACUCCACCUUAUGUCUUGGUUGCCCUCCCCUUGAUCCCUUUGAUACUGUCAUGAGCGAGGCCUUACCAUUAGCUGAUCAACCACAUCUAUUGCAACCCCAUUCAAAGCGAGAGGAUCUCUUUGGUAUACCAAGACAACCAGCAACAAGUGCAGGUCCUAAUCAAAAUCCGUUAGAGGGAUUACCCACAAGACUUAGUCUGUCUGCACGUGGUGCUGAUAAUCAGAAUAUCCCCACACCGACAUUUAGUCAAAUUAUUCAAAGAUCUGCCUUUGCAUCAUCAGAUGCAAGACGUAGCUCUGUAACGAUCGGAGAUUCGACGUCUACAAAGCAUACGGAAAAGGCAAAAUCAUUCAAUCACACAUUCGCUGCGGAGCAAAUUGAUCGAGCUCCAAUCAUCGUUUCUACUAAUAAUCAAAGCGAUCAAGCAUCGGGAAGUACCAAAACUAAUAAGGAUAUCUGUAAAACGAAUAGAAGCGUUAUUGUUAGAGCUGGAACUGUUUCGGAAUCGAGUUUAAAUAAAGCUGGUGCGUCAGAAAUGAUGUCUACAGCAAAUGAAGCAAUACAGAAUGUAACGGAGGAGAUGGACACAUCUGGUUCAAAUCAAGAUGCGACCAUGACUCAUGAAACGAUUGAAACAAAUCCAGUCUCGUCUAUUGGAUCUAAUAUAUCACAUAACAUUUUAUUGGGUCGUUGGAGCUUGUCUCUUGAUUUGUUUGGACGAGUUUUCAUGGAAGAUGUAGGAUUAGAAGCUGGUUCAGUUGUAUCCGAAUUAGGAGGUUUCCAAGUAAAAGAAGCGAAAUUCCGUAGAGAUAUGGAGAAACUUCGGAAUGCACAGCAAAGAGACAUUAAUCUGUUAAAAGUCGAACGGGACAGAACACAACUAUUAGUGCAAACGAUGAAGGAAUUAAAUACACAUUACAAUUUAUAUAAUAGGCGUGCCACUAAUGCACCGCCGUUAGCCGUGCAUCGUGUUAAAGUAACUUUCAAGGAUGAACCUGGUGAAGGGACUGGUGUAACUAGAAGCUUUUAUACCGCGAUUGCCGAGGCAUUGCUUGCAAAUGAAAAACUGCCUAAUCUCGAAGCAGCACAAGUGGGAUCAAAAUAUACACAAUAUAAUGUACUUCGGAAGCUAAAAAGUAGAGAUCGUGAUCAUGAUUUAAGACGACAAAAUCCUCGAUCUUCUGGAAAAUGUCGAGAGACGCGUAGAGCAUUGUCUUUUGAAGCUCGAGUUUUUCAUCCAUCCAGUUCUGUUGAAGGAAGCGGUAAUUCUGGAGCUGGUAGUUCAUCCUCCAAUUCCCAUCCGUUACCUGUUAGUCACCCAAAUAAUGAUCACUUGACCAUGCAUCAACAACAACUCGGGGACAGGCUAUAUCCAAAAGUUUAUGCAUUGCAACCCGCAUUAGCUGCUAAAAUAACUGGUAUGCUGUUAGAGUUGUCCCCUGCACAGCUGUUGAUGUUACUAGCUUCAGAAGACGCUCUGCGGCAAAAAGUAGAGGAAGCAUUUGAAUUAAUCCGUAGUCAUAGUCAGGAGUCAGCAAGGGAAGCGUUGUUGGAUCUCGAUGUAUUCAGCUUGAUCGCACGUUGUGGGGCUAAUAAGAAAAAGAUUGAGAACAGUAUUUUGGAUGAUACCGAAGACAAUGCUCCUCUUUUCUAUUCCCCGGGAAAGAGAGGUUUUUACACUCCACGACAGGGAAGAGCCAGUUACGAGCGGUUGAACGCAUUCAGAAAUGUUGGCAGACUUAUAGGAUUGUGUCUUUUGCAAAACGAGUUGUGCCCAAUAUUUUUGAAUCGUCAUGUAAUAAAAUACAUUUUGGGAAGACCGAUCCGUUUCCACGAUCUUGCAUUUUUUGACUCUGUAAUUUAUGAAAGCUUAAGGCAACUCGUUAUUGAUUCCGAAACCAAGGAUAGUAACAGUCUAUUCUCUGCUCUUGAUCUUACAUUCAGUAUUGAUUUGUGUCCCGAAGAAGGAGGUGGAUCGAUUGAACUUAUUCCUAACGGACGUGAUAUAGAAGUGACAGCAAGUAAUGUUUACGAUUAUGUACGCAAAUACGCGGAAGUUCGUAUGAUUAAGGUACAAGAGAAAGCUUUGCAUGCUAUGAGAGAAGGAGUGUUUGACGUACUACCCGAAGGAGCGCUCGAUGGUUUAACAUCCGAAGACUUAAGGCUUCUGUUAAAUGGGGUCGGUGAUAUUAACGUUUCCGUUUUGAUAUCGUACACUUCCUUCAACGACGAAUCAGGAGAACCUGCCGAUAGAUUAGCUAAAUUUAAACGCUGGUUGUGGUCUAUUGUUGAGAAAAUGUCUCAUUCAGAACGACAAGACUUGGUAUAUUUCUGGACAGGAUCUCCAGCACUACCAGCAAGUGAAGAUGGUUUUCAACCAAUGCCAAGUGUGACAUUACGACCAGCAGAUGAUCAUCUACCAACUGCAAAUACAUGUAUUUCCCGACUAUAUCUUCCAUUGUACAGCUCUCGUCACAUAUUAAGACAUAAACUACUACUUGCUAUUCAGACAAAGAAUUUCGGAUUUGUAUGA